AUGAUCUCCAGGUUAGGAUUUUUGGUGUACUUAAUGCGGCUGGUAGCCGCAGACUUCGGCGGCUAUGCCAGCUUUGAUGAUUAUUACGAGAUGGUUGUGGAUAAUAUUACCUCUUCGCAGAAUUAUACCGUGCCGAGGGACAAUAGCGAAUUACUUAAUGUCACCGAUACGGUAAUCCACGAUUAUGGAACUUACGACUUCAUCAUAGUUGGAGGUGGUUCGGCUGGGGCAGUUUUAGCAAGUCGCCUUACAGAGAUUAACGAAUGGAACGUUCUAUUAUUGGAAGCCGGAGGUGAUGAUAAUGACUUUAACGUAAUUCCAUCAAUGGCGAGUUAUUUAUUUAACUCUGACAUGAACUGGGCACAUUUAAGUACUCCACAGGACAACCUAUGCCAAGGAUUUGGAACUGGCAAUCGCUGCACGCAUCACGCAGGAAAGGUGAUCGGUGGAUCAAGCUCCAUUAAUGGAUUGUUUUAUACUAGGGGUAACCCGUUAAAUUUCGACCAAUGGGCGGAAUUGGGAAAUCCGGGAUGGUCUUACGAAGAAGUACUGCCCUACUUUAAAAAGUCUGAAAACGUUGCGUUUGAAGUCGAUGAUGAGGAUUACCAUGGCCGCGAAGGUCCCUUGGUCGUCAAUGUUACUGGCGAGACGCCUGGAUUAGACGAAGUAUUCUUCGAAGCGUUCGCAGAACUUGGAGUGGAAAAAGUCGACUACAAUGGAAAACAACAGCUUGGAGUCUCGAAAGUACAGUACACCCUAAACAAUAACCAGAGAGCGAGCACUGCUAGAGCUUUCCUAGAUCCUGUACUGGAGCGAACCAACCUAGCGGUCAGUUUGCGUAGUUUCGUCACUAAGCUAUACGUCGACAACUCUACUAAAACGGUGUACGGAUUGGAGUUUGUGAAAAAUGGAAAGCGUUUCUUUAGCGCUGCAACGAAAGAAGUGAUCCUCUCGGCUGGCGUGAUCGGUUCGCCGCAGAUUUUGAUGUUGUCCGGAAUAGGACCGAGCGAUCAUUUAAAUGAUUUGGGCAUUGAAGUGGUCGAAGAUUUACCAGUAGGCAAUACUUUCCAAGACCAGGUUACAUAUCUCACUUUAAAAUUCAGAACCAACCACACAUUUUUCAACAUAUCGUUGAGGGAGCAACUACAACUCUACCUUGACGACCAACGACCCUUAACGGCGCUCUCUGAUAUCGUGGCUUUCAUAAAUCCAGAUGAGACGACUUCCUCUCGCCCAGAGAUCGAAAUCUACACCGUUGUGACUGCGCCUACCUUGAAUAGCAAUCUUUCGCAAGAUCUGGACGUAGUGCACGACAUCAGAGUUUUCGUAUGCUUAUUGAACCCGAUAUCCAAAGGAACACUACGGCUCCGAUCUAAAGAUCCCAUCGAUAGACCAUUGAUCGAUCCAAACUACCUAGGCGACGCUCAAGGACAAGAC